AGAAAAUCAUUUUCGUGACUUUUAAAAUACAAAAAUGAUUUCAACUUCUUCAAUUCUGAUUCUCGUCUUCCUUCUCGCUUGCUUCAUGGCUACCAGUGCUCAGUGGGGAUAUGGAGGAUAUGGAAGAGGUUAUGGUGGAUAUGGUGGAUACGGACGUGGAAUGUAUGGAGGCUAUGGACGCGGAAUGUAUGGUGGAUAUGGCCGUGGAAUGUACGGAGGAUGGGGAAAGUAGACAAAUUAGCCUACUAACUAUAUUCAUUCUAAAUCUCGUCGAUUCCAGCAGUAUUCUGAUGGUUUGUAUACUUAUUCCCAUAUAAAAUUUUUGAAAUUCAAAA